AUGGCCAGGUUAUCUCUGGCCCAUGAUCUGGAGCAGUACCCUCCACCAGAUAUUCACAGUCCAGGCGUAAUUCCAAUAGAUAUUACGGCCAAGUUUGCCGAAGCUGUCAAAACUUUGGAACCGGGCGAGCUGGUCAAAGAUGGAUUCUUUUCGCUCUUUGAGUCUGUAUCGGCUCUCGAGAUUAUGGACCCGAAAAUGGACAGCGGCUGCGUCGCACCGGGAGAAAAGUUUGAAGAAGAAUAUGACGUCUCGCGGAAGCUGCUUCCGGAAGAGGUUAUUGGUAUCAUAGACGAGCUCAUUUGCCAUGAAAUAUCAUGGCACCUCGGCUACCCAUUAUCGCAGACACUAUUCACCAGCGUCUAUGUCGAAGCUCUAUCCAUGCCUGACCCGGCAAAAAUUGAGGAAGCUCAAUUUGUGAGAUCCGGUAGCUCCGAUAGCAACACCGAUCCUAUGCUUCAGAUCCUUCGUGCUUACUGCCUAGGCCUGCUCAAGGGCUGUGGUCAUGAAGAAGAUUUUGUCACAAACACAUACAACCGCACUCUACUUCGACGCCUAUCAACACGCAAUGUCCACUAUGCCCUCCAAGACGCUGAACGGCUACUUGGCCUGUUGAAGGAUGAAGUAUCUGAAAACAUCCUCUCAGGGUUAUCGGCCCGUCUGAACUUGAGACGCAUCUUUCUAGAGGCUGUAGCGUCGGCAGAGAAUACGAUGAAUUUUGCCAAGGCUCAAGCGCCCUGGAUCGAAGCUGCAGAUGUACUCCCCGUCAUUGGAAAGACGCACGCCUUGGCCAAGGCUGUGGAUGAUGCCUUCUCGGCGAAGCUGCAGCGAAAGCUUGCUAGUACCAUGCCGCCGCGCCCGAUCGUGAAGCUCGAUUUCAAAGAGGCCUUCGCGCACCUCUCCCGCAUGUUUGAAGAUGGCCGUGAGGCUGUCAACGUGCUCAAAUAUACCGAUUCGCAGUGUCUCUUGACCUUUGUUUCAACUUUUCAAACCAAGAAACCUCAGCCACUUGUCUACGUGAGAACUCUCUUACAGACGUUUCUUUUCGACGAGAUGAAAAUCGUUGGACGCAUGAGCAUUCGGCAGCUUCUCGACGACGAUCUUUCUAUCAUCACGCUCCCGGCUAGCCCGCUGCUUGCCCGUAGUAACGACGAAAUUGAGGUCGUCCAGGACGUUCGCUUUACAAUGUCGCAACAGAUGGAAUAUUUCCGCGAACGCGCCGCACAACCAUUUCUCGACAUUUUGCGCACAUUCUGCCAGAACCGGUGCCGCAUUCGCCGCACGCUCUGCCAUCUGAUCCGCGACUGGGAAACCUUGCAGGUAGACGCCGAAGACAUUGACCACGUCUUGCAGGUCAAGACCAAGGAGCGGCCGGUCGUCCACCGCCCCUCCAUGAUGAGCAGCUCAAAUCGACCUGUCGAAUCCUACACUCUCGCGCUUUCCUCCUGGACAUAUCUUUAUAAGCUACGUCUAAUGGAGACGGUUGUUCAGCUGGGAUUCGAGUUGGAGGUCUAUCAACCAGACGAGCACGCGGCAAUGUACUGGUACCUCAACUACCUCGCAAAGAGCCGCCUGCAGCACGCGGAGCGGAUCAAGUCGUUUGUCGUUCACCGCGCCGAGCAAGCGCGGGCCUCGCCUGACAAGGAUGCCGAGGUGGACAGGCAGAUCCAACGUGCACUUGCGUACACGCGGCUCACGCUCCUCGACGCCGCCGUCACCUGGGAGCUUUCCGAUGCCCUCGCCUGUCUACACACCAUCCUCGCACGCCAUAAGCUCGUCCGCGCCCCUGCUCGGCCUUAUAGCAACGACGAGCUCCGUCAUGACCUCCGCAUGAAGCCUUUUGCUGCCAUCGGCUUGCCAUCACUGCCCAUGUUUGCCGAGUUCACGGAGGGGUCUCGCCAACCCGAAACGUCUUCCGAGGAUCUUCUCGCGUACGGCGAACGGGCACUGAUUGGUGCGAGGCGAGGCUUUGAAGCUCUCAGUAAGCUCUCCGCUGAAGAAUCCUUCUCGGUGGGCUCGCAUGAACGAUGGGUGGCGGGCGUUAAGAAUGGCCUCAAGUCGUGCAUCGCGACGGGCAUUGCCAUCACGACGCUGCAGAAGGCACUUGCGGGGUUGGAAGGGAAAGCAGGCGAGGACUCGGAUUUGGGCUUAGCGGUUGAGAUUCCUACACCGGAUAAGACCUACCACCCGUCAUGGAUUGUACCCAAAGUAACAGUUAUAUCCAAUUGA